AUGAACUCUCUCAACCCAUCCGUGGAUGGUACUCUUGAUGCAUCAUCAUCAACCUCGUCCAUUUCUUCAUCGUCACCACCACCCUCCUCUGAAAUUCCUCCUCCUCCCCCUCCGAUUCAACAAAAACAACCCAAUACCUUUCAAUUCAUGUUAAUGGGUGCUAUGGCUGGUCUUUUAUCGGAUGGAGUGGUUCAUCCCAUUGAUACCAUUCGAACCAAUACUAUUUUGAGAUCUUCUACUUUGACUCCACACAUUCCAAAAUUUCAAUACUCUCUACGUUCACUUUAUAGAGGAUUCUCUGUUGUUUCACUCUUUACCAUUCCUGCUCAUGCCUCUUAUUUUGUGUCCUAUGAGAAAUCUAAAGAAUAUUUAUCUCCUAUUUUGAAAAGUGAUAAUUUGACCUAUUUAUUAAGUGGAUUAAUUGCUGAUAUCUUCGGUGGAUUAUUUUGGUGUCCAAUGGAUGUUAUGAAACAAAGAUUUCAAUAUCAUCAACGAUUAACAUUUAAAGAUUUGUUUUCAAGUCCAAAUUCAUUGAAAAUUAUUUACAAGGGAUUUGGAACUUCCAUCGCUGUGUAUGGACCCUAUGUGUCACUCUAUUUCAUGUUGUAUGAGAAUUUGAAAAAGAUUCAUUUUUUAGAAAGAAUGUCAAUUAGCAAUGCUAACGUGAACACUACCAACACGAGUGAUAGUAGUAGGAGUAGUAAUAGUACUGCUAACAUGAACACCACCACCACCACAACAACAACCUUAUCACUCCCUCAUUAUAUCAUUUAUGCGAGUAUGGCUUCAACAGUGAGUGCCAUUGUGACCACACCACUCGAUGUGAUUAAAACCAAAGUACAAACACUCGACAUUUACAAAUCUCCAUUCGAUGUAUUGAGAAAUGAAUCACCACUUCAAAUUAGAAAUUGGCCAAUGUAUAUGAGUGGAUGGAAACCAAGAGCAUUGUGGAUGGCAAGUGGAACAGCACUCACCAUGGUGUUUUAUGAGCAAUUGAAAAAGAUGUUACAUGUUGUAGAAGAAGAGUAA